UUGAAAGUAAAUGAGUAAAUUUAUUUAUUUUCUUUCUAUAUUUUGAUACAAUAUUUUAAAGAUAGUGAUUUGAAAAGUGUAAAUUUAAUUAUGAGAUUUUAUUAUUAAAAGAUAACACUACAAAAUAUGCAAAAUAAAACACACAAAAGAUAUUUAUACUCAUUUUCCAUAUUCAGAAGCCCGGAAAACUUCCAAUCAAAAUUAUUAUUCAGAUUCCGGCGGCUUUCCGGCUGUUCGCCGACCAUUAACCAGUCGUCGUAAAACCCAGCUCCAGUCACAUGGACAUGCCAAAAGGAGACAAACUUGUGCUGAGGGGUUUAAAGUUUCAUGGAUACCAUGGGGUGAAGCAAGAGGAAAGGAAGCUUGGUCAGAAGUUCCUGGUAGAUGUUGAUGCUUGGAUGGAUCUUCGACCUGCUGGUGAAUCUGACUGCUUGUCCGAUACUCUAAGUUAUACUGAUAUAUACCGAAUAGUGAAAGAGGUUAUGGAGGGGUCACCUAAAAAUCUGCUAGAAUCUGUGGCUCAGCUUAUAGCAUCGACAACCCUCACCAAGUAUCCACAGGUAUCUGCUGUUCGCGUUCAAGUUGGAAAGCCUCAUGUGGCCGUCCAAGGGCCUGUUGACUACUUGGGUGUCGAGAUCAUUAGAUACAGAGAUCUUGAUGUUCAAAACUAGUACAUAAUGCUUGUAUUAUUAACAACUUCAAUUUUCUGCUGUUUGACAAUCAUUUUCAAGCCAGUACAAUUUGAUCAAUUGUCUCAAA